UUGUCAAAAAGUUGUCAAAAUCCUGUCAAACCACACAUCGAAUCAUAAAUGUCAUUUGUUAUACCUACAAAAACUAUUCAGUCGAUCUGGAUUAAUUUUAAUAAAAAGUGCCCAAAACUGCGCUACAUUUGAUCCAACCGAGAUACACAAGUGAUGGAAGACUACAUAAACGUUACGGCCUCACCGAUACCCCGCUUAGAACCGAGCUCCGAGAUUUGUCUAGUUCUUCGCCAUAACAAAACGUUAAUCACCAGUACAUACGAAGGAAUACCAGACACCUUGGUGCUGAAUUUGAUAGCAUGGGUGUUCCUCAUCCUGCUGUUCACAAUAUUGCGGCAACAAGCCUGGGACUACGGUCGUCUUGCAUUGGUGAAUGCGCAUGGCGAAAAGAAACGAUGGACGCAAUUGUUUUACGCGCAUGGGACAGAUCAAGAACCAGAACCGCUGGGCCAAAGAACGAGUCGAACGAGUACGAGCAGUGCUAAUCUGCCCGAUCGAGGAAUGUUUUCCUGGAUCUGGGUCACACUGCGAUUGAAGAAGGAACAAAUUUUGUUGCAUAGCGGUCCCGAUGCCGUUCACUAUCUGUCGUUUCAACAGCAUUUGAUGGUUGUCAUGGCGAUCAUCACUUUCAUUUCGAUUGUGAUCAUCUUGCCGGUGAAUUUCCAAGGCGUUUUGAUCGCUGACAAACAGGUUUUCGGGCACACAACCAUGUCGAAUCUACCGCCCGACUCGUCGCUGCUGUGGAUUCAUGUAUUUGUUGCAAUUUCGUACGUUCCACUGGUCGUUUUGAUAAUGCGUCGAGCAUCGGGACGGAAUGCAUUCAAAACAGCGCCAACCCGUACGAUAAUGGCGACAAACAUAUCUCGAAGCGACUGCAAUCGAACGAUUAUCCGGAAUUAUGUGAAAGAAUUGUUUCCGGACAUGAACAUCGAGGACAUUGAACUGGCGUACAAUAUAUCCAAGUUAACCGAAGUGGUUGAAGAAUAUGAACGAAUUCGCGACGCAAGAAUUUAUUGUGAAGUGCAUAAAACGCCGGUCCAGUCAAUCAAAGCAACACCGAACUGUUUCACUUGUAAGACGGUCGAAGCGCUCGAAUACUAUCAAGAGAAGGAAUUGCAAUUAAACGGUGAAGUGGCUAGACUACGGGCAAGUGCAUUGAAUUCACCAUUGGGCAUAGCAUUCAUUACCACCAGCACUACAGCGGAAGCGCAUAACAUAAUCAUGCACUUCAAACCGGGAACAUACCGUGAAUGGACGUUGAAAUAUGCUCCUGCUCCAUCCGACAUUUAUUGGGAGCAUUUGAAUGUGGGAGCUAGUCGAUGGUAUGCGAAAUGGGCUUGCGUUAACACCGUGCUCUUCAUAGUCCUGUUUUUCCUCACAACGCCCACGUACAUAUUGAAUUUACUGAACACGGUCUCCUUCAUAAGACCAGAGGAAUUUAACAAAGUCAGCCCGCUGAUAUCUGAAUUUCUUCCGACACUGCUGAUGUGGACAUUAUCGGCCCUGAUGCCGGUAAUCGUUUCGUUUUCGGACAAAUGGCUGUCGCAUUGGACCCGAUCGAAGCAGAACUAUUCGAUUAUGACGAAAUCGUUUGGCUACUUGCUGCUGAUUUUACUAAUCCUUCCGUCACUUGGUCUCACGUCGGCCCAAGCACUUCUCGAAUGGAGUUUCAAUGCAACGUCAGUGGAGACAUUCCGUUGGGAAUGCAUUUUCUUACCGGACAAAGGCGCAUUCUUCGUCAAUUAUGUGAUCACGGCUUCGUUGAUUGGUACGUCGCUUGAGCUGUUACGUUUCGCCGAUUUGAUUGUUUAUAUUUGGAAGCUGUGCGUUUCCAAGUCACGGGCUGAAACGCCAGCAAUUCGCAAGUCAAUUUUGAUUGAAUUCCCAUUUGGCAUUCAUUAUGCGUGGACCUUGCUGGUAUUUACCAUGAGCACUGUUUAUAGUGUCGUCUGUCCGUUGAUAAUGCCCUUUGCUAUGGUUUACAUUUGCUUGAAACAUUUCGGAGAUCGGCACAACCUAUAUUUUGCCUACGGACCCAGCAACAUGAUCAGUCAGGGAGGAGGAAAAAUUCAUUCGACUGCUGUCACCAUGACCAAGUUUUCCGUCGUUUUAUUAUUGGUCAUUUUGGCGGCGCUAGCAAGUGUACGUGGAGCACGUUUGGAUGGACGGGGAUACGUUCUAAUUCUAUCUCUCGUCAUCACACUGGUACUGUUCACAUUCAUGUCGCCGAUCAAAAAGUGCACAACCAAACGACCGAGCAUUCAGGAAGCCGAAGGUGCAGCACCCAUUUAUGUUCCGAAAGUAUUACGUCAUCGUCAGGACAUCGUGAGCGACCACACUUCACAUUUGGAAUAUGGAUCUGAUUCGCCGGUAGUGGAUACGGUUGAAAUUGAUGGUGAAGAGGUUCCGAUCCGUGGAAUAAUGACAUAGAUGUGGUGUGUGUCUAAUGUGUGUGGUUGAGUGAUUUGUGAAUGUGUCCUUAACUUCGUGAUAUAGUGUCGAUGACUGAGAUGUUGAUGAUGGUAGCGUAAUUGAUUAUUUAUACCGAUCCGUUUGUAUAUAUUUAUUGCUAGCGUGUAAUGUCUUUUAUACUCUUGAUUAGGAAGGUGUUACCAAACUUUAUUUUUAAAGUUCACAGCAGCAACACAACUCGCAGUUUUAUUAAAUUAUUGUAAUAUUAACACUAAUGCGGA